ACAGCAAGAAGCCGAAAGACCCAGACCCAGAGCCAGACACAGGAGGGGCAACUAGGCUGCUUGCUAGGUUGGACUUGGGACCCCAGCUUCCUGAGUCCUCCGGACAGGUGGCGGCUGCUCCAGGCCUGGGGGUGGCUCACAAGUGUGCAGCUGGGACUCAGAGAACUCUACGUGAUCUGCCAGCAGGAGGGUCUGACGCAGAACCAUGGUUAUCGUUCAGCAGGGAGACUACGUAUGGCUGGACCUAAAGUCAGGACAGGAGUUCGAUGUGCCCAUCGGGGCCAUGGUGAAGCUGUGUGACUCUGGGCAGAUCCAAGUGGUGGACGAUGAAGACAACGAGCACUGGAUCUCCCCACAGAAUGCCAUGCACAUCAAGCCCAUGCACCCCACCUCGGUCCACGGCGUGGAGGACAUGAUCCGCCUGGGGGACCUCAACGAGGCCGGCAUCCUGCGUAAUCUGCUCAUUCGCUACCGGGACCACCUCAUCUAUACAUACACGGGCUCCAUCCUAGUUGCUGUGAACCCGUACCAGCUGCUUUCCAUCUACUCGUCAGAGCAUAUCCGCCAGUAUACCAACAAGAAGAUCGGGGAGAUGCCCCCCCACAUCUUUGCCAUCGCUGACAACUGCUACUUCAACAUGAAGCGCAACAACCGGGACCAGUGCUGUAUCAUCAGCGGAGAGUCAGGAGCGGGGAAGACGGAGAGCACAAAGCUGAUCCUGCAGUUCCUGGCGGCCAUCAGUGGGCAGCACUCAUGGAUCGAACAGCAGGUCCUGGAGGCCACCCCAAUCCUGGAAGCAUUCGGCAAUGCUAAGACCAUCCGCAACGACAAUUCCAGCCGCUUCGGGAAAUACAUUGACAUCCACUUCAACAAGCGGGGUGCCAUUGAAGGAGCCAAGAUCCAGCAAUACCUGCUGGAGAAGUCUCGAGUCUGUCGUCAGGCCCCCGAUGAGAGGAACUACCAUGUGUUUUACUGCAUGCUGGAGGGCAUGAGCGAGGAGCAGAAGAAGAAGUUGGGCCUGGGCCAGGCUGCUGACUACAACUACUUGGCCAUGGGGAACUGCAUAACCUGUGAGGGCCGGGUGGACAGCCAGGAGUAUGCCAGUAUCCGCUCGGCCAUGAAGGUGCUCAUGUUCACGGACACGGAGAACUGGGAGAUCUCGAAGCUCCUGGCAGCCAUCCUGCACAUGGGCAACUUGCAGUAUGAGGCCCGUACAUUUGAAAACCUAGAUGCCUGCGAGGUCCUCUUCUCCCCAUCGCUAGCCACCGCCGCGUCCCUGCUUGAGGUGAAUCCUCCGGACCUAAUGAGCUGCCUGACUAGCCGCACCCUCAUCACCCGUGGGGAGACAGUGUCCACUCCGCUCAGCCGGGAGCAGGCGCUGGACGUGCGCGAUGCCUUCGUCAAGGGCAUCUACGGACGGCUCUUUGUGUGGAUCGUGGACAAGAUCAAUGCGGCAAUUUACAAGCCUCCCUCCCAGGAAGUGAAGAACUCCCGCCGGUCCAUCGGCCUUCUGGACAUCUUUGGGUUUGAGAAUUUUGCUGUGAACAGCUUUGAGCAGCUCUGCAUCAACUUUGCCAAUGAGCACCUGCAGCAGUUCUUUGUGCGACACGUGUUCAAGCUGGAGCAGGAGGAGUACGACCUGGAGAGCAUCGACUGGCUGCACAUUGAGUUCACCGACAACCAGGAUGCCCUGGACAUGAUUGCCAACAGGCCCAUGAACAUCAUCUCCCUCAUCGACGAGGAGAGCAAGUUCCCCAAGGGCACUGACACCACCAUGCUGAAUAAACUGAACUCUCAGCACAAACUCAACCCCAACUAUGUGCCCCCCAAGAACAGCCACGAGACCCAGUUUGGCAUCAACCAUUUUGCAGGCAUUGUCUACUAUGAGACCCAAGGCUUCCUGGAGAAGAACCGGGACACCCUGCAUGGGGACAUCAUCCAGCUGGUCCACUCCUCCCGGAACAAGUUCAUCAAGCAGAUCUUCCAGGCUGAUGUCGCCAUGUUUCUCUGUGGUUAUUCAUCCGGCACUCUCCGCCAGACAACCACCUCUGCGAAGGGCGCCGAGACCAGGAAGCGAUCGCCCACACUCAGCAGCCAGUUUAAGCGGUCACUGGAGCUGCUGAUGCGGACACUGGGUGCCUGCCAGCCCUUCUUCGUGCGCUGCAUCAAACCCAAUGAGUUCAAGAAGCCCAUGCUGUUUGACCGGCACCUGUGCGUGCGCCAGCUGCGGUACUCAGGCAUGAUGGAGACCAUCCGGAUCCGCCGGGCUGGUUAUCCCAUCCGCUACAGCUUUGUGGAAUUCGUGGAGCGUUACCGCGUGCUGCUGCCCGGUGUGAAGCCAGCCUACAAGCAGGAUGAUCUCCGAGGAACGUGCCAGCGCAUGGCCGAGGCCGUGCUGGGCACACACGAUGACUGGCAGAUUGGCAAAACCAAGAUCUUUUUGAAGGAUCACCAUGACAUGCUGUUGGAGGUGGAGCGGGACAAGGCCAUCACCGACAGAGUCAUCCUCCUCCAAAAGGUCAUCCGGGGGUUCAAAGACAGGUCCAACUUCCUGAAGCUGAAGAAUGCCGCCACGUUGAUCCAGAGGUACUGGCGGGGCCACCACUGCAGGAGGAACUGUGAGCUGAUGCGGAUGGGGUUCCUGAGGCUGCAGGCCCUGCAGCGCUCCCGGAAGCUGCACCUGCAGUAUCGCCUGGCUCGCCGGCGCAUCAUCGAGUUCCAGGCCCGCUGCCGAGCCUACCUGGUCCGCAAGGCCUUCCGCCACCGCCUCUGGGCUGUGAUCACGGUGCAGGCCUAUGCCAGAGGCAUGAUCGCCCGCAGGCUGCACCGGCGCCUCCGGGCUGAGUACCGGCGGCGCCUGGAGGCGGAGAAGAUGCGGCUGGCAGAGGAAGAGAAGCUCCGGAAGGAGAUGAGUGCCAAGAAGGCCAAGGAGGAGGCAGAGCGCAAGCAUCAAGAGCGCCUGGCUCAGUUGGCCCGAGAGGAUGCAGAGCGGGAGCUAAAGGAGAAGGAAGAGGCUCGGCGGAAGAAGGAGCUUCUAGAACAGAUGGAGCGGGCUCGGCAUGAGCCUAUCAACCACUCGGACAUGGUGGACAAAAUGUUUGGCUUCCUGGGGACUUCAGGUGGCCUACCAGGCCAAGAGGGCCAGGCUCCCAGCGGCUUUGAGGACCUGGAGCGAGGGCGGAGGGAGAUGGUAGAGGAGGAUGUGGACGCGGCCCUGCCCCUGCCAGACGAGGACGAAGAGGACCUCUCUGAGUACAAAUUCGCAAAGUUCGCAGCCACCUACUUCCAGGGGACAACCACACACUCCUACACCCGGCGGCCCCUCAAACAGCCACUGCUCUUCCAUGAUGACGAGGGCGACCAGCUGGCGGCACUGGCAGUCUGGAUUACCAUCCUCCGCUUCAUGGGGGACCUCCCGGAGCCCAAGUACCACACAGCCAUGAGCGAUGGCAGCGAGAAGAUCCCUGUGAUGACCAAGAUUUAUGAGACCCUGGGCAAGAAGACAUACAAGAGGGAGCUGCAGGCCCUGCAGGGGGAGGGCGAGACCCAGCUUCCUGAGGGGCAGAAGAAGAGCAGCAUAAGGCACAAGCUGGUGCACUUGACCUUGAAGAAAAAGUCCAAGCUCACAGAGGAGGUGACUAAGAGACUGCACGACGGGGAGUCCACAGUCCAGGGCAACAGCAUGUUGGAGGACCGGCCCACCUCAAACUUGGAGAAGCUACACUUCAUCAUUGGCAACGGCAUCCUGAGGCCAGCGCUGCGGGAUGAGAUCUACUGCCAGAUCAGCAAGCAACUCACCCACAACCCCUCCAAGAGCAGCUAUGCCCGGGGCUGGAUCCUUGUGUCUCUCUGUGUGGGCUGUUUUGCCCCCUCAGAGAAGUUUGUUAAGUACCUACGGAACUUCAUCCACGGGGGGCCGCCUGGCUAUGCCCCGUACUGUGAGGAGCGUCUGAGGAGGACCUUCGUCAACGGGACACGGACACAACCGCCCAGCUGGCUGGAGCUGCAGGCUACCAAGUCUAAGAAGCCCAUCAUGUUGCCCGUGACAUUCAUGGAUGGCACCACCAAGACCCUACUGACAGACUCAGCAACCACAGCCAAGGAGCUGUGCAAUGCGCUAGCCGACAAGAUCUCACUCAAGGACCGCUUUGGCUUCUCCCUCUAUAUCGCCCUGUUUGAUAAGGUGUCCUCCCUGGGCAGCGGCAGUGACCAUGUCAUGGAUGCCAUCUCCCAGUGUGAGCAGUAUGCCAAGGAGCAGGGUGCCCAGGAGCGCAAUGCCCCGUGGAGGCUCUUCUUCCGCAAAGAGGUCUUCACCCCCUGGCACAACCCAUCAGAUGAUAACGUGGCCACCAACCUCAUCUACCAGCAGGUGGUGCGUGGAGUCAAGUUUGGGGAGUACAGGUGUGAGAAGGAGGAUGACCUGGCUGAGCUGGCUUCCCAGCAGUACUUCGUGGACUAUGGCUCCGAGAUGAUCCUAGAGCGACUCCUGAACCUCGUGCCCACCUACAUCCCCGACCGUGAGAUCACACCCCUGAAGACACUUGAGAAGUGGGCCCAGCUGGCCAUAGCAGCCCACAAGAAGGGGAUUUAUGCCCAGAGGAGAACCGAUGCCCAGAAGGUCAAAGAGGAUGUGGUCAAUUAUGCCCGCUUCAAGUGGCCCUUGCUUUUCUCCAGGUUUUACGAGGCCUAUAAAUUCUCAGGCCCCAGCCUCCCCAAGAAUGACGUCAUUGUGGCUGUCAACUGGACGGGCGUCUACUUCGUGGAUGAGCAGGAGCAGGUCCUUCUGGAGCUGUCCUUCCCAGAGAUCAUGGCUGUGUCCAGCAGCAGGGGAGCAAAGCUGAUGGCCUCCAGCUUCACGCUGGCCACCAUCAAGGGGGAUGAGUACACCUUCACGUCCAGCAACGCGGAGGACAUCCGUGACCUGGUGGUCACCUUCCUGGAGGGGCUGCGGAAGAGAUCUAAGUAUGUGGUGGCCCUACAGGACAACCCCAACCCUGCCGGCGAAGAGUCAGGCUUCCUCAGCUUCGCCAAGGGUGACCUCAUCAUCCUGGACCACGACACGGGCGAGCAGGUCAUGACCUCAGGCUGGGCCAAUGGCAUCAAUGAGAGGACCAAGCAGCGUGGGGACUUCCCCACCGAUUGCGUGUACGUCAUGCCCACGGUCACCAUGCCACCUCGGGAGAUUGUGGCCCUGGUCACCAUGACCCCUGAUCAGAGGCAAGAUGUCAUCCGGCUCCUGCAGUUGCGGACGGCCGAGCCCGAGGUGCGAGCCAAGCCCUACACACUGGAGGAAUUUUCUUACGACUACUUCAGACCCCCACCCAAGCACACGCUGAGCCGCGUCAUGGUGUCCAAGGCUCGAGGCAAAGACCGGCUAUGGAGCCACACGCGGGAGCCGCUCAAGCAGGCACUACUCAAGAAGAUUCUGGGAAGCGAGGAGCUGUCACAGGAGGCCUGCAUGGCCUUCAUUGCCGUGCUCAAGUACAUGGGUGACUACCCAUCCAAGAGGACACGCUCCGUCAAUGAGCUCACGGACCAGAUCUUCGAGGGGGCCCUGAAGGCCGAGCCCCUCAAAGAUGAGGCAUAUGUGCAGAUUCUGAAGCAGCUGACUGACAAUCACAUCAGGUACAGUGAGGAGCGGGGCUGGGAGCUGCUCUGGCUGUGCACAGGCCUCUUCCCACCCAGCAACAUCCUCCUGCCCCAUGUACAACGCUUCCUGCAAUCCAGAAAGCACUCUCCGCUGGCCAUCGACUGCCUGCAGCGGCUCCAGAAAGUCUUAAGAAAUGGGUCCCGGAAGUACCCUCCACACCUAGUGGAGGUGGAGGCCAUUCAGCACAAAACCACCCAGAUCUUCCACAAGGUCUACUUUCCUGACGACACAGACGAGGCCUUCGAGGUAGAGUCUAGUACCAAGGCCAAGGACUUCUGCCAGAACAUUGCCACCCGGCUGUUGCUCAAGUCCUCCGAUGGAUUCAGCCUCUUUGUCAAAAUCGCAGACAAGGUCAUCAGUGUCCCUGAGAAUGACUUCUUCUUUGACUUUGUGCGGCACCUCACAGACUGGAUCAAGAAAGCACGGCCCAUCAAGGAUGGAAUUGUGCCCUCGCUCACCUACCAGGUGUUCUUCAUGAAGAAGCUGUGGACCACCACAGUGCCAGGCAAGGACCCCAUGGCAGACUCCAUCUUCCACUAUUACCAGGAGCUGCCCAAGUAUCUCCGGGGCUACCACAAGUGCACACGGGAGGAGGUGCUCCAGCUGGGGGCGCUAAUCUACAGGGUGAAGUUUGAGGAGGACAAGUCCUACUUCCCCAGCAUCCCCAAGCUGCUAAGGGAGCUGGUGCCCCAGGACCUCAUCCGGCAGAUCUCACCUGACGACUGGAAGCGGUCCAUUGUUGCCUACUUCAACAAGCAUGCGGGGAAGUCCAAGGAGGAGGCCAAGCUGGCCUUCCUGAAGCUCAUCUUCAAGUGGCCCACUUUUGGCUCAGCCUUCUUUGAGGUGAAGCAAACCACGGAGCCAAACUUCCCCGAGAUCCUCUUAAUUGCCAUCAACAAGUAUGGAGUGAGCCUCAUCGAUCCCAGGACUAAGGACAUCCUGACUACGCAUCCCUUCACCAAGAUCUCCAACUGGAGCAGUGGCAACACCUACUUUCACAUUACCAUUGGGAACCUGGUCCGAGGGAGCAAAUUGCUGUGUGAGACGUCGCUGGGCUACAAGAUGGAUGACCUCUUGACUUCCUACAUUAGCCAGAUGCUCACUGCCAUGAGCAAACAGCGGAGUGCCAGGAGUGGCAAGUGAAUCCACCGGAGGAGCUGCUGGCUCUGGGCCUGCUCUCCAGGCAGCAGCUGGGGAGGACCUGUGCCAUUCUGGCAUGGAAGCUGGGUUGACUAUCAACUGGACCUCCAAGCAGUUUUCAGUGAGGUCAGAGCUUCCCUGCAUCCUCUUCUAGCACCCGGGUUAGUUCUUGUCCUAACUUCAUGUGGCCUUCCAAUGUACGAGCCUGUGCUCCUUGGAUGCCUCUCCUGACAAUCCCACCACGUGAUUCUCCUUAACCUUCUGUGCACCAAGUGGACAGAGCCAUUGAGAGGACAACCCAGGCCUCCCCACUGGGAACAACCAAAGCUCUUGUGCAUUGAACAGGAUACUCUGGAACCCAAGGGGCUGGGUUACUUCCCUUGAGUUCAGCAUCCUCAGCUGGAGGGAGGGAACCAGACUACCUAUGUGUACCACAGUGUGAGUGCAGGGCUCCUGCAUGUCUCCCUGACUGCCUCAGGGUAUAAAGUAUAUGUUUAUCCUUU